AAUCAAUUCACAUUCCACCAGAUUCAGUAUAGUACUAUACUAUCUUCAGUCUCCAUCAACCUCUUCAUCGAACACCCCCCAAGUCCACCGCACCCAUGUCUGCCGACGAAGUCAAAGCCAACGGUUGGACCGCCGUCUCUGUCAGCGGGAAGCAGAUCUUCGAGGCCCUAGGACCCCUCGACGCACCCUCUCCUCUUUCAAUCAAAGAUGCAGGGUUCCCAUCCGAUGAUCCUCUCGUGGCAGAGGCACAGCAAUUCGUUAGGAAGCGGCUCUCCCCCGAAGCCUUCAACCACUCCAUGCGAGUGUUCUACUGGGGCCGCGCAAUAGCAACUCAGAUCCUCCCAACCCACGCCGCCGACCUCUCCCUAACAACCUGGGCCCUCACCUGCCUCCUCCACGACAUCGGCACCGCCGAAGCAUACUUCAGCACCACCCGCAUGUCCUUCGACAUCUACGGCGGCAUCAAAGCGCUCGAAGUGCUCAAGAUCCUCGGCGCCACGACCGACCAGGCGGAAGCCGUCGCCGAGGCCAUCAUCCGCCACGAGGACAUGGGCGUCGACGGGCAGAUCACGUUCCUGGGGCAGUUGAUACAGUUGGCGACUCUGUACGAUAAUGUUGGGGUGUAUGAGGGGGUGGAGGGGUUUGGGGAGGUGGUGCAUGAGAGGACGAAGGAUGAGGUUAAUACGGCGUUUCCGAGACUGAGGUGGUGUGAAUGGUUUGCGGGGACGGUGAGGAGGGAGGAGGGGAUGAAGCCUUGGUGCCAUACUACUCAUAUUCCAGGGUUUGAUAAGCAGAUGGAGGCGAAUACUCUGCAGAAGAAGUGGGAGUGA